CAGCAAUUUGCCAAGGGUGGCGUAUGGACAGUCAUUUAAUGUGCAGAAGAGCGCUUACGUGAGCUGAGCGGAGGCAGCACAGCAAGGAAGACCGGAUGCGGAUCUGAGGAAUUAACUUGCGAAGACUUUGAGCUGAAGUCUUGGCGAUUGAGGCGCCCAAGUUUGUAUCCGUAGACUCUCAGCGCUGUUUGCAGUGGCUUAUUGUCGGAACAGCUUGACCGUAGGAUGCCAGCUACUUAAUACUUAAGCUCACUCUUGGACAGGAUGGAAGAGCAGGGACUGGGAUGCCCAGGCUCUGCCUCUGAGAAACGCUACUUCCCCGAAUCCCUGGAUUCCAGUGAUGGGGAUGAGGAGGGGGUUUUGGCUUGUGAGGAUUUGGAACUUAACCCUUUUGAUGGAUUGCCAUAUUCAUCGCGUUAUUACAAACUUCUAAAAGAGAGGGAAGAUCUUCCAAUAUGGAAAGAGAAAUACUCCUUUAUGGAGAAUCUGCUUCAGAAUCAAAUUGUGAUCGUUUCAGGAGAUGCCAGAUGUGGCAAGAGCUCUCAGGUUCCUCAGUGGUGCGCCGAGUACUGCCUCUCCAUCCACUACCAGCACGGGGGCGUGGUGUGCACACAGGUCCACAAGCCCACGGCGGUGCAGCUCGCCCUCCGCGUGGCAGACGAGAUGGAUGUGAACAUUGGCCAUGAAGUUGGCUACAUGAUCCCCUUUGAAAACUGCUGCACCAGCGAAACCAUCCUGAGGUAUUGUACGGAUGACAUGUUGCAGAGAGAGAUGAUGUCCAGCCCUUUUUUGGGCAGCUACGGGGUCAUCAUCUUAGACGACGUCCAUGAAAGAAGCAUUGCCACCGACGUGUUACUCGGACUUCUGAAGGAUGUGUUACUGGCACGCCCGGAACUGAAGCUCAUAAUUAACUCCUCGCCACACCUGAUCAGCAAACUCAGCUCUUACUACGGAAACGUGCCUCUCAUAGAAGUGAAAAAGCAGCACCCUGUGGAGGUUGUGUACCUGAGCGGGGCUCAGAAGGAGUCUUUUGAGUCUAUUUUACGCCUUAUCUUUGAAAUUCACCAGUCCGGUGAGAAGGGGGACAUUGCAGUCUUUCUGGCCUGUGAACACGAUAUUGAGAAAGCCUAUGAAAUCAUCUGUCAAGAAGGAUCGAACUUAAACCCAGAUCUUGGAGAGCUGGUAGUUAUUCCUUUGUAUCCAAAAGACAAAUGUGCAUUGUUCAAGCCAAAUGAUGAAACAGAAAAAAGAUGCCAAGUUUAUCAGAGAAGAGUGGUGUUAACUGCGAGCUCUGGGGAGUCUUUGAUCUGGAGCAACACAGUCAAAUUUGUUAUUGAUGUGGGUGUGGAAAGGAGAAAGGUGUACAACCCUAGAAUAAGAGCAGACUCACUCAUCAUGCAGCCCAUCAGCCAAAGCCAAGCGGAGAUACGCAAGCAGAUUCUCGGUUCGUCUUCUUCAGGAAAACUCUUCUGUCUGUACUCUGAGGAAUUUGCUUCCAAAGACAUGCGGCCACUGAAGCCAGUGGAAAUGCAGGAAGCCAACCUCACCAGCAUGGUGCUCUUCCUGAAGAGAAUAGACAUCGCGGGCUUAGGCCACUGCGACUUCAUGAACAGACCAGCCCCAGAAAGUCUGAUGCAGGCUCUGGAAGACUUGGAUUACCUGGCCGCACUGGACAAUGAUGGGAAUCUCUCGGAGUUUGGGAUCAUCAUGUCGGAGUUUCCUCUUGACCCACAGCUCUCAAAGUCUAUCCUAGCAUCCUGUGAAUUUGACUGUGUGGAGGAGAUGCUGACGAUCGCAGCCAUGGUGACAGCUCCCAACUGCUUCUCAAAUCUGCCACAUGGAGCUGAGGAGGCUGCCUUGACUUGUUGGAAGACGUUUUUACAUCCCGAAGGAGAUCACUUUACCCUCAUCAACAUUUACAAGGCCUACCAAGACAUAGCUCUGAACUCUGCCAGUGAAAACUGUGUUGAAAAGUGGUGUCAUGAUUACUUCCUCAACUGCUGUGCUCUCAGGAUGGCAGACGUUAUCCGAGCUGAACUCUUAGAAAUUGUCAAGCGAAUCGAGCUCCCCUGUGCAGAACCUGCUUUUGGCUCAAAGGAGAACGCUCUGAACAUAAAGAAGGCUCUCCUGUCCGGUUACUUCAUGCAGAUUGCGCGGGAUGUGGACGGAUCCGGUAACUACUUAAUGCUAACACAUAAGCAAGUUGCUCAGCUGCAUCCCCUGUCCGGUUACUCCAUCACCAAGAAGAUGCCGGAGUGGGUUCUCUUCCACAAGUUCAGCAUAUCUGAGAACAACUACAUCAGGAUUACCUCAGAAAUCUCUCCUGAACUAUUUAUGCAGCUGGUGCCACCGUACUAUUUCAGUAACCUGCCUCCUAGCGAAAGUAAGGACAUUCUCCAUCAAGUAGUGGAUCACCUUUCACCUCUAUCAACAAUGAAAAAGGAACAGAAAAUGUGUGAGAAGUGCCCUGAGACUACUGAGCAGAGAUGCACCAUCCAGUAACGCUUCAGAAUCUUUACAGGAAGCAAGAUGUGCAAUAAGUACCCCCCGCACCCCCACCGGCCUGAGCGUAGCCCCGCUGGAGGUGUGGACAUUUAACUUGAACAAGGAGAACACACCCCACACAAGAGUCUUGAAAAAAAUAACACUUUGUAUAUUGUUUAAAAAUAAAAAAAUAGACGUUUUUAUUGAGUUCUUUAAAUUACGACUCCACGUUUUCCUUCUUAUUGGAAAAGCUUUUAAUCAACCAUUCAUAAUUUGACCAAAUUUUUUUAAAAAGCUAUUUUGUAAAUGGGUCACACACAUAGGUGACAGAGCCCUACUUUUUUGUAGAGGACCUUACUCUGAAUAAAGUCACGAGUUUUUCAGUAAA